AACGUGCAUCAUUCAACUACGGUCAGCCAAGGUAGCUAGUAGCCACGCGUUUUGUGUGUGAUCAUCGCCUACAGACUAAAAACAGCUAUAAUAUCCUUGAACGGUUCUACUACAGUGUCAAAGCAGGAAGCUAGUUUUGAAAUCGUCUGCACCGAAGGCAGAGCUUAGUUUUCUUCUCCGAGUAAAUUUUGUUUAUCGUAUGUCCAUCCAGAAUCUAAAUACAUUCGACCCAUUUGCGGAUGCAAUAAAGGGUGCAGAUGAUGAUGUACAAGACGGUCUCGUGCACAUAAGAAUCCAGCAGAGAAAUGGUCGCAAAACACUAACUACUGUCCAGGGUCUAUCAGCAGAGUAUGACUUGAAGAAAAUUGUGCGGGCAUGUAAAAAGGAAUUUGCGUGCAAUGGCACUGUGAUUGAGCAUCCCGAAUACGGAGAGGUUCUUCAGUUGCAGGGCGAUCAACGUGAAAAUAUCUGCCAGUGGCUUACAAAGUCCGGUCUAGCGAAGCCGGAUCAGUUGAAGGUGCACGGUUUCUAAGAGGACACUAGCAACAGAACAAGAAGAGAGCAACUAGCGGCCACCAUUUGUUUUACGUGUGUUUGUGGGUGCGUGUGGGCUCGCUUUUUAUUGUAAUCUUAGAUGACAGCGCAAACCGAUAGGACUCAGGAGGAUACGACGCGAAUGGAGACCGUAGUUGUUUCGUGGAAGAGUUAUUGAAUUGAAAACCCCCUCAUAACAAGGACAGCAACAACAAUAGUGGUAGUCGUAAAAACAGCUUGCUUUUUUUUUAUAGUAAAAUACAAAUCAUGUGUGUAUGUAAUAAAUGCAAUCUCCUACGCUCAGUUCUUCGUUUGCCAACUGCAAAUCGCAACGAUGCGAAUGAGAGUUGAUCAGAUGAGUUAGUAAAAUGAAA